AUGCCUCGUCCACCGCCGCCAGGCAUCAUAUUGGUGACAGCCGUGCUCUUGUUCCUCACAUUCAUAAUGUGGAUCAGCCUUCAGGACAGGACUGAAGACCGCCUGUCCGCGGCGCCCGCCCCAUUACCGAAAUGGAUGCAGAAGGGACAGGGAAAGCAGCCGGAGGUUCCGACGAUAGUCCCAGAAGUGCAGACUGGCCACGCAAUAAUGAGCCAUCUAGGCAACGAGACGUUGAAAGAGGAGCUGGGACGGGCAGCAUGGAAGUUAUUCCACACUACGAUGGCUAGAUUUCCGGACAAGCCUACACAGGACGAGAGCGAUGCGCUGAAGAGCUACAUCCACCUGUUUGCGAGACUAUAUCCAUGCGGCGAAUGCGCAACACAUUUCCAAGGCAUCCUUGAACAGUUCCCACCGCAAACGUCCUCGAGGUCUGCGGCUGCUGUUUGGGCAUGCCAUGUGCACAACGAGGUCAACAAGAGCAAGAACAAGGACAUCUUCGACUGCAGUCAGAUCGGUGACUUCUAUGACUGCGGAUGUGCAGAUGACGAGAAGGAGGCGAUGUCGAAGGCAGGAGAGGACAGUCACGAGGUAGCAAAGACGGGCAAGAUUGGUAUUGAAAGAGAAGGACCAACACGCGGCGGGUGA